AUGCCACCUGCCGACACAACACCCUCCGCGACCGACCUCACACUGGCAGCUUCGGUCAUCGACCUGGGCGACCAGCUCACCCCAGCGCGCAAGUCUGCCGAAGCCGUGCCCAAGAGCGAGGUCGAUAGCGAUGUCGCCUCGCCCUCCGAGUCCAACGCCCUCGCGUCCCUCGGACGUGCACGCAAAAACUGCCUCAUGGUCGUCUUCUGUCUGGCCAUGUUCAUCGACUCGGCGGGCCUGUCCGCCAUGUUCCUCAUGACCGCGCCCGUGGCUGACGACCUGGGCAUCGCGCUCGCCAACCAGCCGUGGGUAAUCGGGUCGUACGUGGUCGCGUUUGCCUCGACGCUGCUGUUCGCCGGGCGGCUCGCGGACCUGUUCCCCCCGAACAUAGUGUACACUGCCGGCUUUUUCGGCCUCGGCGUGUUCCACCUCGUCAUCUCGUUCAUGACCGACGCGUACUCGUUCUACGUGCUGCGUGCGCUCAGCGGCCUGCUCGCGUCGCUCACCGUGCCGUCGGCCAUCAACAUGAUCGUGCAGAUGUACCCCGACCCCCGGGAGCAGGGCGCCAAGCUCGGCAUCUUCGGCACGGCGGGCCCGCUGGCCAACACAGUCGCGCUCAUCCUCGCGGGCGGGUUCGUCAUGGCAUCCUGGCGUUGGUACUUUCGCUUCAUCGCCAUUCUCGUCAUUCCCUUCUCGGUCGGCGCGUGGUUCCUCAUGCCGCGCACCAGGGCCGUGGCCGAGGACGUUGGUGGCGGAGAAAAGUGGCGGCGCAUGGACCUCGGAGGGGUGAGCAUCAUGAUCGCCAUGCUCGUGUGCUUUAUUUUGGCCAUGACACAAGGGCCGCUGGACGGGUGGCACAAGCCAGUGUUCAUCGCACCCAUUGUCGUCUCGGCCAUCCUCCUCCCCGUCUUCAUUUUCUGGGAGCAGCGCAUGCCCCGUGGCUACAGCCUGCUGCCGCACGACAUCUGGCGCUUCCCCAACAUCUUCCCCCUCAUCAUCCAGGCGACAGUGCCCAUCCUCUUCUUCUCGGUCUACCAGCUCCGCAUGGCGUCCUACUUUCAAGACACGCUGCACGAGUCGGCCAUCAUAUCCGCCCUCAAACUCUUCCCCAUGGGCGUAACGGCUUUUCUUGGCGGUGUCAUCAUUCAGUUUGUGCCAAUCCUCACUACCAAACCGCGCAUUGUCCAGCCCAUCGCGACCCUCUUCGUCUUCACUGGCGUCAUAGUGCUCGCCUUCUCCAACGGCCAACACUACUGGCGCUGGAUCUUCCCCUCGGAGCUCGUCGGUACCAGCGGCUGCAUCGUCAUCUUUAUCGGCAUGAACACGGCGCUCAUCCAGGCGUUUCCACUCGAGUUUGCCGGGGUUGGGGGCUCGUUUGCCAACGUCAUCUUCCAGCUGGGUGGCAUUGUCGGCAUCGCGGUGCAAACUGCCCUUGUCGCUGGUGAUGGCCAUGUCGCCGACUGGAAGGGGACGCAGAACAGCUACUUCUUCUCUGCCGGGUGGAUCCUUGCCGCGGGUAUCACCUUCGUUCUGUGGUACAGGCAGUCCAAGAUGCCGGGGUAUGUCGGCACGGACGCUGCCUAA